CAAAAAUCAAAACAAUUCAAUGAAAUUCCAUCACAAUGUCUGAUUCUCGAAGAUCUAAAGGCGAUUCUCACUUUGAACGAUAUCUUAAACGAGAAUAUUGUCCCAUCAGAGCUGGAAAUAUCGAUGGUUCAAAGGAGACAAUUCAUGAUGUCGCCGUCGUUCGAGCUCUGAAUGCAACUUACAAACCCGAAAAACGUCUCAAAAGCAUCGCUUCUCAUACAAUUUUCGUUCGUAUAAGUCCAAAAACGAGUGAAGAAACGCUAAAACGACACUUUUCAAAGGAAGCAAGGAUCAUUUCUUGUAAAAUCGUUCGUGAUAUUGUCACAGGAAUGUCCAAAGGAUACGGAUUUAUUGAACUAAAGGACAAAGAAACAGCUGAAAAAGUCGUUUCAAAGAUGAACAAAGCCUACAUAGACGACUUUCGAAUAAUUGUUCAGAAAGAAGCCGGCAGAAACAUGAAAAACUGGAAGCCCCGAAGACUUGGAGGAGGUUUCGGAGGCAAUCGUAACUCGGGACAGUUGAGAUUUGGAGGAAUUGCGAGACCUUUUGAAGAACCUCGAAAGGCUUUUGAACGAGGAGAGGAGAAAUACAGCAAAAAACGAUGAUUUUCUGAGAUGUUGCGAAAAAAUUUUGAACAAAAAUAUAUUUUUUCAUAACAAAAACAGUCCCGCGAGAGGAAAAUCGACGAAUUUUCUAUUGUAAAACGGCGUUAUUGGCAACCACACUUGGAUUAUUGAUGACUUCACCCAAACUAUCCAACACUUCUUUCCGGUAAUCGUCGAAGCCGCCAUCGAUUUCGUUGAUUGUUUGUUCCUCGAUCACGUACAGGUUGCAGUCCGUCUCACGGAUCAAGCGUUCGUCGUGACUUACGAUAACUACGCCGCCAUCAUACUCGUUAAUUGCCUCAGCGAGAGCGUCAAUGGACUCGAUAUCGAGAUUGUUUGUCGGUUCAUCC